UAUUUUAUUUUUGGCCCGUAAAGCCUCCACAAUUGGCCAUUUAUUACGAAAGGAGAGAAUUUUACCUUGCUUGACUUACUAUUCGCUUGCAGUCCAAUCUUCUUUUGUCAGCAUGAGGACUCGUAAUUCGGAUACCCCUAAAUCGGCGACCGCCAAGAAGACGCCGCCGUCGAGAAAAUCCGCCACCAAAACGCCUCCGAAUCCUCCCGAGCCGGCCUUGGAAUCGGCUACUCCGAAGCCCGCCGAGACGAAGCGUGGGGCGGCCACCAAAGCGAAGCAGGUGAAGAAGAAUGAGACCACACCCUCACCGAGCGCUUCGGAUUCGAAAGCAGAAGGGCCAUCGGUCGCCGAGGAGCCCAAAGCAACAGCUGAUGCUGCUCAGCCUCAGGUGACACCAGGAACGAAAGUUGUGGCAAAAAAGUCUUCGGUGAAGAGGAUGACUGGGAGAACUAAAACGCCCGUUUCCAAGAAAGCCGUAAUGGUGCAGACACCCAAAUCUGGGGACUCUGGGAAGGCAAAACUUGAACACUCUCAGGAGGAGAAUGUAGAGUGUAUGGGUAAGGAUGAACUCACUGUUGAAAAUGUUGGAGAGCCUAAGAAGAAUGAAGAAACUGUGAUGGAAUCGGGAAAGCCUGCUGCUGAAAAUGCUGGUGAAUCUAUGAUAAAGGAAGGAAGUGCUAUGGAAUUGGAUGAACCUGCUGUUGAGAUGGCUCGAGAAUCUGCAAGGAAUGAAAAAAUCACAGCGGAAGUGGAAGAACAUGCGGGCGAAAAGAUUGGCGGAUCAGCAAAGAAGGAAGAAAGAGCAAAGGAAGUGCAGGUGGCUCAUGUUGUGAAUGUUGGAGUUUCUUCAAAGCAAGAGGAGUCUGUCGUUGCAAGGGUUGGAAAAUCACUUGAGAAUGAGGGGACUGAUGGCACAAAGGAGCGCGAAGUAGUUAUGAAAGAGAAAGAGGAGACAAGGGAUUUUGGCAAUAAGGAGGAAACCAAUGUGGUUUCUGUUAACUUGGAAGGGAAUUCCAUAGAAGAGUUUCGAGGAGAAGAUACACAACCUGCAAAGGACUAUGGCAGUGAUGAGGGAAUGGAGGAUUAUGGUGAUAGACUGGACCUUGGUGAACAUGGGGAGGAAGAGCUUGCUGAGGAUGAUCCAGAUGAGGCUGCUGAAGAUACUGAGGCAUUGCAAGAAGAAUGCAGGGAACUAACAGCUGCUGCGAAGGAACGUCGGCAUAAUAAAGAGCAUGAGAUAUUUGUCGGUGGAUUGGAUCGGGAUGCGGAGGAGGAAGAUUUAAGAAAGGUGUUUGAAAGGAUGGGAGAGGUAGUUGAAGUUAGGUUGCAUAAGGAUCCAUCUACCAAUAAGAACAAAGGGUAUGCAUUUGUGAAGUUUGCUAAUAAGGAGCAUGCGAAGCGGGCUUUGUCAGAAAUGAAGAACCCUGUUAUACGUGGAAAGCGAUGUGGAACUGCACCCAGUGAGGACAGUGACACAUUGUUUCUGGGUAAUAUCUGCAACACAUGGACAAAGGAAGCUAUCAAACAGAAAUUGAAAGAAUAUGGUGUGGAAGGUGUUGAAAACAUCACUCUUGUCUCGGAUGUUCAACACGAAGGGUUGAGCCGGGGUUUUGCAUUCCUUGAGUUUUCUUGUCAUGUAGAUGCCAUGCUUGCUUACAAGAGGCUUCAAAAGCCUGAUGUUAUUUUUGGCCACCCUGAGAGAACUGCCAAAGUAGCUUUUGCUGAUCCCUUACGUGAGCCUGACCCGGCGAUCAUGGCCCAAGUGAAGUCAGUGUUUCUUGAUGGGCUUCCACCGUACUGGGAUGAAGACCAUGUUAGGGAGAAGCUUAAAGGUUAUGGAGAUAUUGUACAAAUUGUCCUGGCUCGGAAUAUGUCAACAGCGAAGAGAAAAGAUUUUGGAUUCAUUGAUUUCUCAGCCCAUGAAGCUGCUGUAGCUUGCGUUGCUGGCAUAAACAGUACACAACUGGGUGAUGGGAAGGUGAAAGUGAAAGCAAGGCUCUCAAAUCCUUUGCCUAAAACACAGGCGGUGAAGGGUGGACUCUGUGGUGGAUUUAGAAUUGGCCACGGCAAUGGUUUAGCGACUUCAAACUUUGGAAGGGGGUUUGGGCGGCGAGGACAGCCCUUCUCCCGUUCAAAUUUCCAAUGGAACAGGGGUUUCUAUCAAGGUGGACGUGGGCAAACUGGUAGAAUGGGUUUUCCGAAUGAGUAUGAUGUUGGUACUCCACACACAAAUUUUCAUGGGAGACACUUUACUGGACAAGGAGGAAGAAGGGAUUCAUAUAGAGGUGGUAAUUACACAUCUGGAGUGGGAGCUGCAGUUGCUGCCCCAUCAAGACCUAAUCUUGAUCGACCCUGGCAUGGUGCCCCUGAUAGGGGCCGUGGGAUGCAUUUUCCUUCUAGGAGGCAACCAUAUUCUCCGGAAGGACACUUUGACAGACAUGCCAUUGGAGGGCACUUUGAUGGCCCUUAUCUCUAUGAUGAGAAUGGACAUGGAAUGAAGCGGCCAUUUUAUAUGACAGACCAUGAUCCUCAUUACUUGGAGCCUAGAAGGUUUCGCUCGCGUUUGGAUUACACUGAUCCAUCAGCUUUUCAUGGAAGCGGCUUUCAUGAUAAUUAUGGAGCUGGCAGCAGUAUUUACCCUCAUGAUUAUUAUGGCCCUGAUUAUGGUGGAGGUUCAUAUUCAUCUUUCCAUGGGAGUGACCGCCCAUAUGGCGGUGGCUAUUACUAUUAGAUUCUCGGACAGGUGGGCUUGGAAAUGAGGCAUACACUUCAUAAUUGAUGAACAAGUGACUUGCUGUUAGAAUGCAAACGAUGCCGUCUGAUCACAGUCCUGACUGCAUCGGAAAAGUUGGAAGUGGCAUUAUAUAUUUCCUGCAUGUCUACAUACUACUUUUCAUCCCAGUCCAUCACCUAUCUUUACUCUUUGGUUUUCUCUAUGAACUUUUUGGUAGAAUAUCCUGAAUAUUGAUGUUUCUAGUUUAGGUGGAGAUUCAAUGGACUUGCCUCUUUAGCCUUAGGUGUGAAAAUCUUGGGGAUUGCUGAUAUGAGCUGUAGUGCUAAAGGGCAAGAAUAUAUUUCCUUCUAUGUUGAUGAUAAUAUGUGUUGAUGCUUAAAGAAAACAGAUUGGAUUACUUACUCGUAGUAAAGUGUUUCUGAAUUAGGUUUUACCCUUUUAUCUUAUGGAGAUUUGGAGGGAGUUCAGGAGGUUACAAUUUUAAAAUUCAGGUGGUGGCUCUUUGGAGAAUACCUUGAAUACUUUUCUGGCGAGUUAAGAGGUUUCAAAGUUGCACACGACAGUAGUCAUAAAGUUUGAUAAAAUUCUGAGACUGGCUAUAUUUUUGGAGGUAUUAUGGAUUGGGCAGGAUCUUGAUAUAACAUUUGUAUAGCUUAGUGUCUCUUGCUGUAUUUUGCUGGAGAGACAUCGGUUGCUUUCACGGCACUCUUGCCAUUGUAUACGAAAAUUUUCUUCGAAACUGUAUUAGGCCCUUGCAUUUAAUAAAGUGGUGCUGCCCCUUUAUGGAAUCAAGACAUUGAACGUAUUUUACUUCUACGCCUCUGUAGGAAAAAGUGAGUGAGUGAGUGACAGACCAGCUCAACUGUGCCAUAUAGUACUUGAUCAAGUUCAAUCUCGCAUCUUGUCUGUGGGAGAUCUAGAUGGUAUUUAUCCUUAGGUGGCAUCCUUUGGUGUGGUUAAGACUGGUUGAUGUUUUCUUUUUCCUGAGCAAGAAAAAUCUGUCUUUUGAGGUGACAGUUAUUAAGGUUCACAGUUAUUAUGCUUCUUGAGCUUAGAUGGUCAAGUAAUAAUGUACAAACAAAUAUCGAUGGUUUGUUGUAAAUGGAAGUUUGACAGGAAAAGAAUUAUGCUUCUUGAGCUUAGAUGGUCGAAUUGCUUUUUAAGCUUCUUAGCUGGUGGAUCUUGUGCUAUUUUUGUGUUCCAUUGUGAUUUGGGAAGUGACGACAAAAUAGUGAAUGUCCAUUUUUGGUUUGUAAUCAAAACUAAUUGGCUGACAAUAUAUUUCAAAUUGAAUAGUGAACUAAUUUGGUUUUGAUAGUAUGGAUUUUCUGAAGUGCAGUAGCCUGUGUCUGUGGUUUUAGAGGUUGUGAGUAUAUUCAUUGUUAUCAACAGUCUUAUGGUUGAUUACUGUUGGAGAAGCAAGAAGUUCAUCAUCUUUAGGCCAUAGUCUUAGGGUCUGUGCUAAUGGAAACAUAGUCAUAGGAUGUUAUGAUUGUAUCACAUGUCUUAGAAAAUUAUCUGAGGUGCAUCAUUCGUCACUUGACGCAGAAUAAGGUCAGGAAAGUUUGAAUCUCCACUUGACAAAGCUUUGGUUUUUUGUUUGUUUUCUUUUUUCUUUUUUUCUUUUUUUUUUGGCUAACACUGAGUAGUUGGUUUUUAAAUCUUCGAAAGAUCUAAUAUAUGAAUAUCUCCUUCCAAGACUAUGCUUUGGUUUCUCUUUGCUUCAUUUUCUAACACUGGGUGGUGGGCUUUUUAAUCUGAAGUUGUUAAGUUACCAGGAUAUGCAGCGUUAUUAGGGCUGAGGUGUGAUUCAUUUUAAUUUCUCUAAUAUUUUGAGUACUUAGCUUUUGGUGGAUUUAACAAAAGAGUUCGCAUAUUUUAAUUUCCACUACCUCAAAAGUACACAUUCCAGUCUUCAUACAUUGAUGCUUCUAUCUAGAAAGAAUAUUUUCCUCAACUACUCUUCCUUUCAUUCCGUGUAUAUAUGAGCCCUGAAUACUUUAUUGAAGGGUUUGUGCCUUGUGGCGUAAAGGUUGAUCGUGUAGACUUUAGCAUAUACAGGUUGAAAAGGAAGGUCUAAGGUAGGGUUAUCAUAUUGUUUUUUGGUGUUUUCACAUUAUUUUUAUAUUCCUUGCAUAAUUACAUUAAUAAUCUCUUGGAAAGAUUUUAAGUUGUGCACUCAUUGAGAAAUUUGAAGUUGUGCAUAUGGUAACUUCUUAAAGUAGGCAUUUCAUAAUUAUUAUGUAUGGUUGGCUGGUUAAGUGGAUACUUGGCAGCAAUGGGUCCACGGCUGAGCAAGACUGGUGGUACUUCCUUACCUGGGACUGUAGAAUUAAGAGUGGCUUCUUGGGUGCAUAUUCCUGAUUCCAGGUAUCUUGGAUGCAUCUAUGACGGUUUCUUGCAAAUGUAUAGUAUGUUGGCUGGAAAAUGUUCUGUUUGAGUGAUAAAGUCCUCCAGAUUAAGUUUCAA